GGCUGCUAGUGCUACGACCUGCUACUUCCAGUUCUGCGUACUUUACAGUGCACUGGUGGUGGCGGCGGGCAGGAGGAAGAAGGGCAGGAGGGAAGAUGGCACCGCCGCGGCGCGUGUGCGUGACCGGCGGCGGCGGGUUCAUCGCCUCGUGGCUCGUCAAGCUGCUCCUCUCCCGGGGCUACGCCGUCCACGCCACCCUCCGCGACCCAUGUGACCCCAAGAAUGUCCACCUCAAGCAGAUGGGCGAGGUCCGGGAGAAUCUGCACCUGUUCAAGGCCGACGUGCUCGACUACGACGCGCUAACACGUGCGUUUGAGGGAUGCGAGGGGGUCUUCCACCUCGCCACUCCGGUGCCUGAAGAUAAGAUUGUUGAUCCUGAGUCAGAAGUAUUGGCUCCUGCUGUGAAAGGUACUUCAAAUGUGCUAAAGGCCUGCUCAGCUAUGAAGGUUCAGAAGGUUAUUGUCUUGUCAUCCAAUGCUGCUGUUGAUUUUAACCCGAAUUGGCCUCAAGAUAAACUUAAAGACGAGAGUUGCUGGUCAGACAAAGACUUCUGCCAGGAGAACCAGGACUGGUAUUCUGUUGCCAAGAUUGUUGCUGAACAGGCAUCCUUGGAAUAUUCAGAGAAACAUGGAUUAAACGUUGUUACGCUUUGCCCUCCUUUGGUUUUUGGUCCAUUGUUGCAGCCUACUGUGAAUACCAGUAGCAAAUUCUUAAUCUAUGUUAUUAAUGGAGGCCCUGACGUGAUGAGCAACAAGCUGUGGCACAUUGUGGACGUCCGUGACGUGGCGGACGCCUUGCUGCUUGUGUACGAGAAGGCAGAAUCGUCCGGGCGAUACAUUUGCGCGCCGAAUAGCGUCUGCACAAAGGACCUGGUGGACCUGCUGAGGAAGAUGUACCCACAGUACAGCUAUGUGAACAACAUCGUCGACGUGGACCGUAAAGCGGGGCUGUCAUCGCAGAAGCUGAAGGGUCUGGGCUGGAGGCCGAGGAAGCUGGAGGAGACGCUCUCGGACAGCGUGGGCUGCUACGAGAAGGCCGGCCUUCUGCAGGGUUCCGCUGGGCGUAAUUGCCGGCUUCCGCAUCUGUUCCGUCUGGCUGGUGAUCAGUGAAUGAACCGUGGUGGCUGGUGAUUUGUUUGUUUUAUGGUCGAACUUCUGUAAGGUGUAGUGUCGCUGGACGGAGUCUCGCAACAGCCACAAUGGUCGAACAACUUGCUGCGUAACAGCGAUGAAAUAAAUCCUGCUUAUAUC